AUGCCAUUCAAGAAACUAGGUCCAUCGGCAGGUUGGGAUGAACUGUGUGGUCUGUCUCUUAACCUUAAGGCACUCCAAGGUAAGUCAGUAAGCAAUAAAGUAAGGCAGGGCAAGGUGGACAACGCAUGGCAGAGCAUUUUUGCUGUGAGGCAGGCUGACACAUCUCGGCGUGGCUCACCGAGGUCAACCAAGGUGUGCCCCGCGCAGCCCGGUCAGGUCGUCGCCGUCCCAAUGACACUCGGGCGCGCAAAGGUGGGGCUGCUGCCAGCACCCGGCACCGCGGGGCCAAACUUUUCUGUUGCCCACCACUUGCCUCAAACUCGCGAUGUGACUCGACCGCCUGCAUCUCAAAAAUCUGCGGUAGACCCUCCCUCCGCGUUGCCGCAAAUACCAAACGACACAUAA